ACUUCAGCUCCAGGAACGGUGAGGUACUCUCAGGUAGACAUUCCAGGUCGGAGUCAUGGCUGCAACAUCAGAACCGCCUGGGUUAAUUAGCGCCGUGACAGGCUAUUCCUUGGCUGCUUGCGCUGCACAGCUGAUUAUAGGCUAUGCCCUGGCACAGCGAUUAGGAAAGAAGUGCUCGGGUAUAGACAGAUGGCUGCUAGUCUGGCUCUUUUAUGACGCUAUAGUGCAUUUUACGUUGGAGGGUCCCUUUGUUUACCUGUCUUUGGUAGGAACAGUGGCACAGUCUGACAGUAUUAUUGCUUCAUUGUGGAAGGAAUAUGGCAAAGCAGAUGCACGGUGGCUGCAUUCUGAUCCAACCAUUGUGUCUCUCGAAAUCCUUACGGUUGUUUUGGAUGGCUUGUUAGCUUUGUUACUAAUCUAUGCUAUAAUUAAGGACAAAUAUUACAGGCACUUCAUACAAAUUACACUAUGUGUAUGUGAAUUAUAUGGAGGAUGGAUGACUUUUUGUCCUGACUGGCUCAUUGGCAGUCCCAACCUUGACACCAGCAACUGGCUUUACCUUUGGAUCUAUUUAGUAUUUUUUAAUGGUUUAUGGGUACUAAUACCAGGACUAUUGUUGUGGCAGUCAUGGUUAGAACUUCAAAACAUGCAUCUUGGAAAAAGAAGUCCUGGAAAAAAACGAAGAUGAGAACAUAAAAUCAUUCAAUAUGUGCAGCUUUUAAUUUCAAGGAAUUGUUUGCCAAUAUAUUUUGUUAUUACCACUAUGACAAGUGCAUAUAUUCAGAAUUUUUUUAAUUAAUAAAGUAUAUGAUUUUA